AUGGAUAAUUUAGCAAUAUUAACGGAAGGGAGUAAAGUAUAUGCGAAAAAACGAAAAAAUAGAAUCGAGCAAGUACCGGAGGUUGUAUUUGACGAAACGGCAAGACGAGAUUUCUUAACUGGUUUUCAUAAAAGGAAGUUAGAAAGGAAAGCAAAAGCAAGAGAAGCUUCCUUACAACUUGCUAAACAAGAGAGGUCAAAGGCAAGAAAAGCUGCAAGGGAGUCCGUAAAAGAACAAGUAAGGCAGAGGUUAAACAAACUUCAAGAAAUUAUUAAUAAAAGGAACGGAAUCAUUGGACAAACUGAUGCUAAUGAAAGUGAAGAUGAUGAAGAAGGAGCAAGUGAAGAUAUCACACAAGAAUCUAACGUAACUCAGUCAGAAUUCAGGUCUGCUGAUUUGAUGACUACAGUAACAAUCAUUGAAGAUUUUAAUAUUUCGGAUAUUUUGGAGAAUGUUUCGAAGAAACCACGAAUCGAUGAAGAAGUCAUGGAUCAUAAAGCAAUUUCACCUGUACCAAUACCAACAAAAAGUUUGGAACCUAAAUCUAUAAGUGUAAAAAAGAAAUCAAAAAUUGAAGUUAAGAAAAAACGUCAACCAAGAAAUAAAACUUCAAAUAAAACACGUUCCAAAACAAAAUCGGUUCAUUCUUCAAAUUCCAGACGAAAGAAAAGAAAAUAG